AUGGAGACUAUGCCAUUCUCUGUCGACAUCGACGCAUCAAAAACUGUCGAUCACCUAAAAGACGCAAUCAAGAUCAAGAUUCCUGACUCGUUCAAGGGAGUUGAUGCCAAGGACCUCACGCUCUGGCGCGUCUCCAUCCCUCUCGUUCCGAAGAAGGACCGCAAAGACAUUUCGCUAAGCGACAUCCCCUCGAAGGAAGAGCUCGAUGAAACAGACGAUCUCUCUGACGUGUUUCCGGACAAACCUCCGAAAAAGACAAUUCACAUCAUCGUCCAGCGACCUCCUCAAGGAUCAGGAACAAGUUUUUUUGCCGCUGGAUCAAAGCACGCUGAGUUUCUGGACAGCUACGUGCAAGGACAACUGCAGUUGCCAACUACUACCUCUGGCGUGCGUGGUCUGCCAAAGGUCUUGCGCCGUGGCGUUGUGGAAUCACAGGACUCAAAGCUGAAUCUGUUGCUUUUGGAUCUCCCUGACCCUCCACCGAUUGUUGGCCUUCCCAUUCCUGAGAGGUUCCGCUCCAAUGUCCUGCUGCGCGUCCUCGACAAGAUGCAGGCACAAGACUUGCCUGUAUUUGGAGUCAGUGGAUGCGGCAAGACUCGUUCCAUGAUUGAGAUGCUCUGUCUCCAAUGCGGCUUUUACUUUAAUGCAGCAAAGUCGGACUUUGGAUCGGAUGACCUCUUUCGCCUAGCUGACCUCAUUGACAACAAAACAUGGAGGACGCGGCCGGCACCAACACUUGAGUCCAAGCUUCGAGUGGUCAUCGGCGAGGCCCAGAUCCUGAGCGACAAGAGCCCCACAUCGCUCGCGUCGUCUUCCACACAAGGCAAUCUACGGCCCAUGUUGUUCCCCGUGUUGCAUGCAUUCCGCUUGGUUGGAUUUCGAGACGAGCUCACUAUCAUCUACAGCGGAACAGGAUUGAGCAUUCGGACUCUUCGUUGGGCGUUGAGCAGCGGCGGCGGCAUCAAGGAGUAUGGCUCCAACACCUUCCCAACGUACAUCGAGUUUCCAGGAUGGACUGGUGCCGAGUCAGUCCUGUUGUACAUCGAUCGUCUCAAGGACCAGCUGCCGGAUGACGAGUCGAAAACACUGGUGGACGCUCUCAUCCCCCCAGCUGCAGUGGAGAUGCUGCACAAGCGGCUCACCGGCAGAUUCAGGCCCAUCGGCAUUCUCGAGACGGGCAAGUGGGAUACUGCCAUCGACAAGACCGAGACCAUGAUCACAUCCUGGAAGGAUCGUGAGCGCCGCGGAAAUCUGUGCGGAGAACUCAAACGUUUGGAAACCAAGAUUGCCAACCAUCCCGAGUUCUUCACCUCGUACUCUUCGGUAAGGGAGACGCUGGGGCUCUUCCUUUAUCGCCAUCAUCUACUGGACGCUCCCUCGACGAUGCUUGAGAACGAUGUCCAGUUGGUGGAAGCAGCGUUUGGUCGUAUCAAGCUCUUUGGAGGUGCCGCAAGGACUGCUCUCGACGAGCCACUGGCGUUGAAGGCGACCAUCGACUACUUCCACGAGAAGGAUCCCUCACUUGUGGCGGCAGCAGAACGAGCGAUGUUGCACUCGGACAACCCCUCAGACUACUGCCCCACCGGGGCAUAUAUCAGCAUGGUUAUCACCUACCCUGCCGAGGUUGUCAACUUCCAGAUUGUUCGGCCCGAUCCCAAGCCCGAACUUGAAGGCCUCCAUCGUGUGUCCAUCGAUGUCGACGACAACAACUUUUCAAAGAUCUUCCCGUCUCGUCACGUCGAAUUUCUGGACAAGCUCAAAGGACACAAGCGACGUUCUGAACAACAGCAAUCUCGAACAUCAAAGAAGACGAAGACGAACGAUCCCUUACAUAGUGAUGAGCAAUAA